AUGGUAUAUCCUCUAUUAUUUCCUUUUGGUGACCCUGGUUGGAAACCAGAUUUAAAGGGUGAAGAUACAGGGCGUACAAGGGCAAAUAUCUCACUACUACAGUUUAAAAUAUUUAGAUUAGCAAUUCGUGAAAAUGAAUUCAACCCAAUCCUUUUUGCUGGGAAAUUAUCACAACAAUAUAUUGUUGAUUCCUAUUUACAGGUCGAGGCGAAUAAUUUAAAUUUUAUUAGACAAAAUCAGCCAAAAUUACGAGUAGAUGAAUAUUCUGGAUUAAUGGACUACUUGGAAACAAAGUCAAACAAUAUAAUUCCCGGCAAAGCAGUAAUAUUACCAUCAUCUUUUCAAGGUUCUCAAAGAAAUAUGCGAGAACGCUAUCACGAUGCAAUGGCCAUUGUGCUCAAAUUUGGCAAACCUGAUUUGUUUAUUACUUUUACAUGCAAUCCUAAUUGGCGUGAAAUUAAGGAAAAUCUAUUUCCCGGGCAAAGUCCUACAGAUAGACCAGAUUUAAUAGCCCGUGUUUUUAAAUUGAAAUUAAAUGAAUUAUUGUUCGAUAUAAAUAAAAAAAAUUUAUUUGGUAAAUCUAUGGCUUUUAUAUAUACAAUCGAGUUCCAAAAAAGAGGUUUGCCUCAUGCCCAUAUACUUAUUAUUUUAAACGAUGAUAGCAAAAUUGAAACAUCUCAAGCUAUAGAUAAAUUUGUUUGUGCCGAAAUGCCAGAUAAAAUUCUCGAUCCUAAACUUUUUCAGAUUGUUACCCAUUUUAUGAUACAUGGUCCUUGCGGGAUAUUUAACCCCAAAUCGCCUUGCAUGGAAAAUGGCAUAUGUACCAAAAAAUUUCCGAAGGAUUUUCAAAUGGAAACAAGACCAAAUAUUGAUGGGUAUCCAUAUAAUAAAAGGCGAGAUAAUGGUAUUACAAUUCUUUCCGGUAAACCUACGAAUAAUCGUUAUGUUAUUCCAUAUAAUCGAUAUCUAAUGUUAAAAUUCAAUGCUCAUAUUAACGUGGAAAUUUGUACAUCUAUUAAAUCGGUAAAAUAUAUCUUUAAGUAUAUUUAUAAGGGCUAUGACUGUAUUAAUGUUGACAUUAAUGUUGCUUCAAAUAUAAAUAUUCAUGACGAAAUUAAAUCACAUUUAAAUGCGCGAUAUGUGAGUGCAUGUGAAUCAAUGUGGAGAUUAUUAGAAAAUAAUAUGCAUGACCGCUCGCACGCUGUUAUUCGCUUAGGAAUUCAUUUACCUUUACAACAGUCAGUAUAUUUCACUGCUGGACAUGAAAGAGAUGCUUUAUUGAGAUCAGAAAAUAAACAUACUACUUUAACGGCAUGGUUUGAGUUAAAUAAGACAGAUCUAAAUGCUAGACAAUAUCUUUAUGGGGAAAUACCUUAUCAUUAUGUGUUUACAAAUUACCAUUGGACACUAAGAAAAAAACGAUUAAAUGUAAUUUCGAGAAUGUAUUCCGUUCAUCCUAAUUCUGGUGAACGAUUCUUCCUUCGAUUAUUAUUACUUCAUGUUUGCGGGGCUACAAGUUUUGAUUAUUUAAAAACUAUUAAUGGAAUUUUAAUGAGUACUUUUAAAGAGGCAGCUAUUAAAAGAAAUUUGUUAUCAGAUGAUAAAGAGUGGGAAUCAUGCUUAGAAGAGGGAUCAAUAUAUCAAAUGCCGUCACAACUUCGGAGUACUUUUGCCUUUAUCUGCAUUUUUUGUCAGCCUGAAAUCUAUGGAAUAGGUUCAGAUUUAUGA